AUGGCGUUUCCUCAAAAUGGUUUUAUGUUCCAACAACUUCAUGAAGACAGUAGUUAUGAGCAACUCCCUUCUUGUCCUUCUAUUCAUCUCUUCAAUGGAGGAGGAAACUACAUGAUGAACAGAUCAAUGUCGUUAAUGAACGUGCAAGUGAAUCAUCUAUCUGUUGAUGAGGAGAAUUUAUCAGAGGAUGGGUCACAUAUGAUGCUUGGAGAGAAGAAGAAGAAGCGGCUGCAGUUAGAGCAAGUUAAGGCAUUAGAGAAGAGCUUCGAGCUUGGGAACAAGCUGGAGCCAGAGAGGAAGAUAAAACUAGCUUAA